GCUCAUCCUCUCCUUCACCUUAAUGCAGCUGCAAUAGCUCAUGCCGGAGCCCAACAGCUUUACAUCAAUCACCCGAUAGUCAUCUACCGCCCCACGAAUUCCAGGCAUCAUUUCUCUACCUCCAAUACAGAUCUUUGGUUGCUGUCAACAUGAGCAGCGACGACGAGGAAGGGAAUCUUAUGGCGUCUUUCAAGAGAGGAGGGCGUACGCGCUCCAUACCCCGAAAGCAAGCCCCUCUCUCUCCUGGAGACUUUGUUUCCUCGGACGAGAGCUCCGCACACGAUGAAGCUCCAGCUCGCACCGGCGCCUCGACUACGGUGCGCAAGGUCGCCGUCGCGGUCAGGGUGAGGCCGGUAAGGAACGUAGAGGAGUAUACAUACUACGAGCCUGCGGAGGAAAUUGAGCGCAUAAACCGUGAGUACGGCAAGAGCGGUCAGAUGAUGUACGAGGUGGUUUUGUCAACAGGGCAGACUCGACAGAUAAGCUUCGACGAUCUAUUAGCUACCGAAGGCGGUUCAAGCGCUCUACAAAACUUCCAAGUAGACGAGGUCAGUCCUAGUGAAGGCGAUAUGUUCGAGUCACCCGCACCAGAAGCGAAACGGGGCCUGCGCAGGAACCGGACGAAGACCGGCGAAGACGGAUUCAUAAAUAGCGCUAUUAUCGAUCUCUCAGAUGAAGACAGCUCCCGGAGACCCAGACAGAGGCGCCGUCACGCUUUGAGUAGAGGGACGACGGACACAAGCCGUUCGCGGACGUACACAAGAAAGAGCAAGGCUUUCACCUCGGAUUCAAGCGAAGAGUCGGAAGCUGCUCCCAGACGCCGUGGGCGAAGGCCGAAGCGGAAGGUUCAGGAGCCUGUCCGCCGCUCGGGCCGAGUCCGCGUGCAGCCGCAAGACUUUGAUGAGGAAGAUGAAGAGGACGAGGAUGAGGAUUCCAGCGGCGUUGAUAUUCUUCGAUCAGAUGUGCUUCCGGGUCGCCGAAGGAAAAGAAAACGAGGCCUUGACGCCAGCUUCACACGAAAGAUCCCGCGAGUAGGAGUACGUCAGUCCGACAGGGCCACCCGUGCCCAGAACAACAUGCAAGAAGCGGAUGUCAACGAUAUUUACCGUUCGGAUUCCGAAACCCCACAGACGGUGGCUCAAAAGGUGGUCAGCGUACGCGAAGUCUUCCAGACUCUUCCACGAAGUAACCUUUUCCGAUCGCGCCAUGUUGAGGGCUGCGAGGUCUGUUCCGAAGGACCCACGAUUGCGCCUUUGAUUUACUGCCAGGGCUGCAGUCUUGCCUAUCACAAAAACUGUCUGGGAAAUCGCGGGACGCGGGAUCACCUCGUCACCAAAAUCGGCGAUGAGAAUUUUGUGCUCCAGUGCAAGCGAUGCAUUAACUUCUACAAGCGCAAAGAUCCCACCGCACCCGACCUUGCGAAGUGCAGCGACUGCCACAAGCCGGGACCCGCAUGUCGGCCUUUUCGGGAACGAAAGUCUCCGUUGCAGGAGCAGAAAGAACGCGACGACAACGGCGGCCAGGAUCCCAUAGUCGAUGUUCCUCCUAAUCUGAUUAACAAUGCUGCAAAUGUAUUGUUCAGGUGCACACGGUGCUCACGCGCCUAUCACUACCACCACCUGCCUCCAUUGUCACCGUAUGCCAUGGUCACUGAUCGUGACGAGGAUGAGACCGCGGAUGAGAGAUUCCAGGAGUACGCUAGGACUUGGCGGUGUAAGGAGUGCAAUGACACCAAAGACCUCAAAGUCGGUGGACUUAUAGCGUGGCGACCCUCUGAUGUGGAGACGUAUCAGCCUGGCACAUCUUGCGAGAUGCUCAGCGAGGACGAAAAACAAUAUCUUAUCAAGUGGGAAAAUCAAUCGUACUUCCGAGCUGCCUGGCAUUCUGGUGCUUGGACUUGGGGGGUCACAGCGCCCGCAAUGCGAAAGGCUUUCAACAAGCGUGAAGACGGCCCCAAAAUGCGCACCGAAGACGCAAUCCCAGAGGAGUUCCUUCGUAUUGACAUCGUGCUGGAUGUCAAGUACACUAGCUAUGUCGAAGUCCAAAAAGAAGAGAUCGACAAAGCACGCAUUAAAGAGGUGGACAAGGCUCUGAUCAAGUACAAAGGGCUCGGGUAUGAGGAUGCAGUUUGGGAGAAGGUCCCCACUCCCGAAGAUGGCGAACGAUGGCUCGAUUUCGUCACUGCUUACAAUGAUUGGGUUGCAGGCCGAUAUAUACGAUAUCCCAAGCAAGGUCAUUUGAAGGCGCGUCUCGAUAAAGCGCGCGCGACACCAUUUGCAAAGCUGGAGAAAGAAAAGCAACCUGACAAUCUCGUCGGCGGUGAGCUCAUGAAAUAUCAGAUAGAAGGGCUGAACUGGAUCUACUACCAGUGGUACUGCCAGAAAAACGGAAUUCUUGCGGACGAAAUGGGUCUUGGUAAGACCAUCCAGGUAAUUGGAUUCAUGGCGACUCUCAUUCAGGAUCACAACUGCUUCCCGUUCCUUGUGGUCGUGCCGAACUCCACAUGCGCCAACUGGCGCCGGGAGAUUAAGCAAUGGGCUCCAUCCUUGCGCGUUGUGACUUUCUUUGGAUCCGCAACAGCCCGGGACAUGGCAUAUAAGUACGAGAUGUUUCCGCAAGGCACCAAGGAGCUACGUGCCCAUGUAGUCGUUACCUCCUAUGAGGCGGCUACCGAUGAUAGCUGCAGGAAAGUGUUUAGGGGCGUCAAUUGGGCUGGCCUGAUCGUUGACGAAGGCCAGCGCCUAAAGAAUGACAGGAGCCAGAUUUAUGGCGCCCUCCAAGCUGUCAAAGCUCCUUUCAGAUUGCUUCUCACAGGGACACCCCUCCAGAACAACGCCAGGGAACUCUUCAACCUGCUACAGUUCCUCGACGAUACGAUCAACGCUGCCGAGCUUGAGGAAAAGUAUGCAGAGAUGACCACGGAGAAUAUCCGGGAGCUUCAUGAGCAGAUCCGGCCAUUCAUUCUGCGACGGACAAAAGCACAGGUCUUGACUUUCCUCCCACCGCUGGGGCAGAUCAUUGUUCCAUUAUCUAUGAGUGUUCUUCAGAAGAAACUCUACAAAUCCAUCCUUGCAAAAAACCCUGAGCUCCUGAAAGCUCUCUUCAUGACGCAAAGGAGUCUCAAACAGCAAGAAAAGGCCAACUUGAGUAACAUAUUGAUGCAGCUGCGCAAAUGCUUAUGUCACCCUUUCGUGUACAGCCGUGAAAUCGAGGAGCGCACCGAUAUCCAGGCAAUCUCGCAUCGAAAUUUGGUCGAAGCCUCUGCAAAACUGCAGCUGCUUGAGUUGCUUCUGCCGAAACUCCAACAACGCGGCCAUCGUGUUCUCAUUUUCAGCCAAUUCUUGGACAUGUUAAGCAUCAUCGAAGAUUUCCUUGACGGCAUGCAGAUGGCUUACCAACGUCUUGAUGGCACUAUGGGCUCGCUGGAGAAACAAAAGCGCAUCGACCAGUUCAAUGCGCCUGACUCGCCCCUGUUCGCUUUCUUGCUGUCGACCCGUGCUGGGGGUGUUGGCAUCAAUCUAGCAACAGCAGAUACGGUCAUUAUCCUUGAUCCCGAUUUCAACCCACAUCAAGACAUACAGGCCAUCUCGCGAGCUCAUCGUAUCGGCCAGAAGAAGAAAGUCCUUUGCUUUCAGCUCAUGACACGCUCCAGUGUGGAAGAAAAGAUUGUUCAGAUUGGACGGAAGAAGAUGGCUCUGGACCACGUUGUGGUCGAACAACUGGACGCAGAAGAUCUGGAGGAUAAAGACCUGGAGUCAAUCCUUCGACACGGAGCAGCCGAGCUCUUUCAAGACGAUGGCGCGGAUCAUGAUAUCCGAUACGAUGAGGCGUCGAUUGAGAAGCUCCUUGAUCGGAGCCAGAUAGAGAAUACGAAGACUGGCGCCGACGACUCAGCAGACUCCCAGUUCAGUUUUGCAAGAGUAUGGGCUAACGAUCAAGGGGCGCUGGAGGAUACUUUGGACACGACGGAUGAGGUGGUUGCGCCUGACCCUGGAGUGUGGGAUAAGAUUCUGAAGGAAAGACAAGCCGCGGCGGCAGCUGAGGCGCUGGCACGGGCCGAGGCUCUUGGUCGGGGCAAACGUGCACGGAUGAACGUCCGCUACGACACGGAGCAAGAUGCCACCGCUGAGGCUGCAGACGGCCCCUCGCCCGCCAGAGUCGAGAAGACGAAGAAGCUGAAGAAGAAGCGCGAAAGCGCCGAAAGCGACACGGAUUUCCAACUGUAUUCCGACGAACAACCCGAAGAGAGCGCCUCGGAACUGGAAGCCGAAGCAGAGCCCGAGAACAUCAAUGACCUCAAUCGGCCGCCGCAGCCUAAGAGCACAUACAGUUCUCUCUACAAGCAGAAUGGAUCAGUGAAACCAUUCGAGCGCGUCCACCUGCCCGUCCGGUCCACCCUCGAACCCCAGUUCGGUCGCUGGAAGGAGCAAGUCUGCAUCGCCUGCCACCAGACCCACGCGCUCGGCGCAUGCCCGCUCAAGAUUGCCGGCGUCGAGCACUGCGGUCUCUGCGGCCUGGCGCACUUUGGCCACGCGCGCACCUGCCCGCACAUCAAGUCGGAGACUCAGGUUCGGGAUAUGCUGGAGGCGUUGAAGAACUCGCCCGAGGAUAAGAGGCUGAUUGAGGCGGCGGCCAAGUAUCUGCGCGGUGUGAAGGGCACACUGGUUCAGCAGAAGAAGAGGGAUAGGGAGAAGGCGAUGAUGUUGGCUGCCGGUGGAGGUGGUGCUGUACCUGGUGCGGGUUUGACCCGUCCACCACAGCAGCAACAGCAGCAGCCUGCUGCGGGGGGUUAUCAGCGGUAUGAACAACAUGGGAACCCGCCUUCAUAUAUGGGUCCACCGCAAAGGGAGGUCCCCAAUACCGCUGCCGGAGGACCGAUUCCUGUGGUACCCGGAAGUGUGGGAAGUCAUAUCCAGGGCCAGAGGAAUGGGUUCCAACAGCAGCAACAACAGCAGCAGCAGAGGAGGGCCCAGCAGGUGCAGGAUCGGGACCGGGAUGAUCACGCUGUGGAGUCUGCCCUGAGAGGGUUCUUGGGGAAGUAGGUGGUGGAGUUUGAAGGGGAAAUUAGGCGGGUGACUAAGCACUUUGGCGAGGGCUUUUGGUGCGAGUUCUUCAUGUCGGGGGGUUCGGCAUGCUUUUUUUCUGGUUUCUGGGAAGUUUUACCCCUUCUUUUUGGUGUAUAUAUAGAUUCCGCUUGCGUUUCCGUAUGCGCUGGCAUACGCAAUGGGCAGGCCGGCGGGCAAGCAAGCAGUCAAGGAGAUCAUGGUUUGCGUUGCGUUUCCUUUCACAAGCUCCAAAUGGGAAGUUAGGCGCUUAGAUACCAAGUACCUACCGCAUACGCGCGAAGGCAUAUAUAUUCGCG